AGUGGUACUAGAACUCUGAUUGGCAACAGCGAGUCCCAGCUGGGAUUGGUCAACUCACUAAACAAUCAAUAAGCAGCCAUUUUGAAUUUACAAGAAGUGGUGCUUACUCUGGGGAAGAGAGAUUGAGUCUGUCAACACAUAUGGCCCUUCCCCUGUUCACCCUCCUGCUGACUGCCCUCCCUGUGGUCCACUGCCUCCCCACUGCCUUCCAGGACCUGGAGCAAAGCAGUAAGAACCAAACGUCCAUCCGGUUCCUGGCUCUGGGGGACUGGGGCGGGGUGCCCUACCCUCCCUACAUCACACCGGUGGAGAAGGCUACAGCCUGGGAGAUGGGCAAGAUAGCAGAGCAGAUGGGCGCAGACUUUGUUCUUGCCCUGGGUGAUAACUUCUACUACUCUGGAGUGAACAGUGCAGAUUCCCCAAGAUUCCAGGAUACCUUUGAGCACGUGUACACGGCUGACUCUCUCAACAUUCCCUGGUACAUCCUGGCUGGAAACCACGACCACGCGGGCAACGUCAAGGCUCAGAUCGACUACAGCCGCAAGUCUGACAGAUGGCGGUUCCCUCACUACUACUAUGAGCUGAACUUCCGUAUCCCCAACACCAAACGCACUCUGAGCAUCAUGAUGCUGGAUACAGUGAUGCUGUGUGGUAACUCUGAUGACUACGAUGAUGAGAAGCCUCGCGGACCCCUCAGUACCAUUGAAGCCAACCGACAGCUGACCUGGCUGCAAAAGAGGAUGGCCCAGUCCAAGGCUGACUUCCUGCUUGUGGCUGGUCACUACCCGGUGUGGUCAGUGUCCGAGCACGGCCCCACAGAGUGCCUCCUGAAGAGACUACGCCCCCUUCUGGUCAAGCACAAGGCCACUGCAUACUUCUGUGGUCACGAUCACAACCUGCAGUACCUGAAGGAGUCUGGUGUGGGCUAUGUUGUGAGCGGUGCCGGUAAUUUCCUGGACCCAGACACGCGUCACUGGCACCAUGUCCCCAAAGACACCCUCAAGUUUUUUACAGGCCAGGCCUCUACCCUGGGAGGCUUUGUCCACGGAGAGGUAACCAAGCACAAGAUGACCCUCACCUUCAUCCAGGCUAAAGGGACGUCUCUGUACCGCACUGUCUUGCCACGCAGGGACAUCGACGAUGACCAAAAUGGCAGCGACGACAAGGAUUAGCCCUAGUGGAAGCGAUGACGAAAUAGAAGGUCACAAUUGACCUGUGUGUAUAUAUAUGACAGAGCCCUUAAAUUAAGGACCUCAUUGAUUUAUUUUACAAUACUUCUACUUUAGCAGUUCAAUUCUGUCAAAUUACAAUUUACUCAGAUGUAGUCCUUCAUAAGGGCUAGAUAUUGACCAUGUACAAUAGGAUGGAUGGCUGAGGUGUGGAUACAGACUGGCAGGUAUUAUAGCUCAUGUUUGGUGGAUGGAUGAGUUCAGGUUGAGUUUUUAGAAAACAACUUUGGCAUUGAAUUUGCCUGAAUGUAGCAUGAAGGAGAAUAAUGUAUUUUAAUAAAUAAGGAAAGGAUGUUGUACGAUUUUUUUGUUGUGUUCAUUUAAAGAAUAAAUAACCUUUUGGA